AGAGCUCAGACUUUCCGACCUGAAUAUCACUGACGUCAUGAUUCGACCUUGUAUUUUCCGAGUUCAGUUGUUUUGAACCGGGCAUAAGCACAUGGAGUAAUGAGUACAUUGUGUUGUUUUUUACAUGCAAAAGUGAUUGCUUUUGAUAAAAACGCUUUAUCUGCCUUCCCACCGGAAACUAGUUUGAAAAUUCGAAUAUAUAUUUUAUGGAAGAUAUGGAUAUGUUUAUGUUUCUGGACGAUGCAUCAUGGUACCUUGUUGACAACAUUAUCUAUUGGCGCAGAUUACUGUUCGAGUUGAAACUGGCGCUUCUCCCUCACGGCUUUUGCCCGUUCGCGUCACGUGCCAUUGACCGGUGCAACGCGGCUCAGGAUAAUAGAACUCCCUCAAGAGUUAACACUUUGGCAUGUCAAUUCAUCAGUUAACUAACUACACUGUACAGUACGUUGUGCUGCUACCAUCUUUACCCUGUUGCGCAGGCAAAAUAGCGGGCGCCAGGCAAGGGACUCACCUGGUAAAGGACCCCAGGCGAGAAGAGAAUGGUUGCGUUCGGAAAGAUACUCCCAGUAGUUGCCAAGUUUUCACAGGUAUGAAUUUUCCUCACCACUGCAACACCGACUGGAUACUCGCCCGUGGACCCGAAUUGACCUAUGACCAACAGAAAAAUCUCACACUUCCAAUGAAUGAUGUCGGGGAAUAUGAGAGCUGUCGUAUGUUCACACCGGUGGACUUGGACUUGGAAACAAUUCAAGAGCAAGGAAUCAACAGCACCAUAUAUUGUACAGAUGGGUGGGUUUACGACACACCCCAAGGAAACCCUACUCUGGUGACAGAGUUUAACUUGGUGUGUGACAACAAAGGUGUGAGUGAGGCAUCACAGUCCAUCUACAUGACCGGCCUCCUAAUAGGGUCCCUGGUGUUUGGACCUAUGGCAGAUAGAUUUGGUCGUCGCAUCGCCAUCCUCGUUUCCCUGCUCUUCCAAUUGCUGUUUGGAGUGGCUGCUGCCUUCUCCCCCAACAUCUAUGUCUACAUUGGCCUUCGGUUCGUGGUCGGCAUGACAAUAUCAGGCAUUGCCAUGAACACAUUUGUGCUAGGGGCUGAGUGGACCAGUACAUCUAAGCGGGCCCUCUUCACCAUCCUCUCACAAUGUUUCUAUGCCGUGGGGCUGAUGUUGCUGCCAUGGAUCGCCUACGGGGUCCGCAACUGGAGGGCCCUGCAGCUGGUGCUCUCCAGCCCCGUCCUCCUACUGGCUGUCUACUUCUGGAUUCUCCCAGAGUCGGCCCGUUGGCUACUAACUCAAGGCAGACAUAAUGAGGCCACGCAGGAGCUCCAGAGGGCAGCUGCGGUCAACAGGAGAGAGGUCCCCCAGUCAUUACUCGACAUGCUGGAGGCUGAGAACACAUCUACAACGGGCAGUAUGAUGGACCUCUUCAAGACACCCAACCUGAGGAAACGUGCUCUCACCAUGAGCUACAUCUGGUUUGUGACCAGCCUGGUCUACUUCUGCGUGAGUCUUAACGUGGGCCAUUUUGGCCUAGACAUCUACCUGACCCAGUUCAUCUUUGGCCUGGCAGAGAUUCUUUCUCGCCUGGGCUGCUACACCCUCCUGGAGCGCCUGGGCAGGAGGCCCUGUCAGGCAGGCACUCUCUUCUUUGGUGGAGCAGCGUGUCUCCUAAUUCUUGCUAUUCCUGAAGACCUACCAGUAUUGGUGACAGUCAUUGCAGUGACUGGAAAGUUUGCUAUAGCAGCCUCCUUCACUAUUGUCUAUGUAUAUACUGCUGAGCUCUAUCCCACCGUUGUAAGACAGAAUGGUGUGGGUCUGAACUCCAUGUGUGCCCGUGGGGCGGGCAUCCUGGCCCCUCUGAUGCAUCUGCUAGAGGUGUACCACCAGGCCCUGCCCAUGCUCAUCUGUGGCCUCCUGCCCAUCAUCGGUGGGGGGCUGUGCUUUCUACUGCCAGAGACCCUCAACACUGAGCUCCAAGACUACAUAGACCCACUGGUGGAGAAGACAAUAACAUCAGAGAGCGGGACUAUUGAAAAUGGACUCGAUGAGGAGGAGAAACCAACUGAAUUGAGAAGCUCAAAAUUCUGAUCACUGUCUGGUCCAUACUCUCUGGAGGUGUGAGUUAGUUAUUACUCUAAAAUAUCUCUUAUUUUUUGUAAAUGAUACCACCCUUUUGGGACUAAUUAUUUGUUUAAAUGAAUGGAUAAUACAAAAUGAUUGAUGUUGUGUAUAAAAUAAAAUGGACCCAUCACAAUAUUAAUCUUGGUGAUCGGGGUGCCAUAUGGGGGAGGGGGGGGAUGAUUUUAAGGGCCUGUGACUGCGGGGCCCUAAGAAAUUAUUAGAACAUUAGGUAUAGUUUUUUCAAUAUUAAAUUAUUAACCUAUUAUCAUGAAUAUAAUAUUUCCUUUACAAUGUACUAAUAAAACGUACGUUUUUUUUUUUUUCUUGUUUUUGGCGAAAAGUAAACAUCCAGAAUGUUUUAGCCAACAUAUAAUCAAUGCAGGCAAACUUUUAGCAAGCUAUUCAUACUAAAUCACUUGCCCCUUCCUGGUGCCAGGCCCAACAGAAGCAGCUUCAGGCUCAGCAGCCCUGUCUCCCCAUCCCCAUUCCCCUGAAUCAGCCCUGUCUCCCCAUCCCCAUAUCCCUGAAUCAGCCCUGUCUCCCCAUCCCCAUUCCCUGAAUCAGCCCUGUCUCCCCAUCCCCAUAUCCCUGAAUCAGCCCUGUCUCCCCAUAUCCCUGAAUCAGCCCUGUCUCCCCAUACCCCUGAAUCAGCCCUGUCUCCCCAUCCCCAUUCCCCUGAAUCAGCCCUACUCCCAACUGGAGGAGGUGGGCAGCAUUGUGUUGAAUGACAUGUCAGUUGGCAUAAUUGCAGGUACUGCAAUGCAUUGAGGACAGGAAAAAUCUCAGUUGACACAGAGGCAGCCAAUAUCAGAGCCUUAAAGGAAGAGAUGCAGGCUCUUAGAGAUGGAUGGGAGUCUCUCCUGUCUGAGGCAACACUGAUAGCUACGCAAAUGGAUGUUGCACCUCAAUUUAGCAAGGAACACCGCCGCCAGAGGAAAAGGAAGAGAUUCCAUGAUGAGACCUCUCAAGAGGAGACAGCUCAGGACAGUGCAGCAACGGUGUUUUGGAACACAGUGUUUUUGACUGCUAUGGACAACAUCAUAAGUGACUUGGACACUAGGUUCCACACCACUGCAAAACUUGUAGAAGAAUUUUCUGCUGUUCUGAAAGUUGGGCAAAUUAGUGAGGAUAAAGUCCCUUCUGUGUGCCAACCACUGAUCAUGAAGUACUCCAGAGAUCUUACACCUGAGUUUCAAAAUGAAAUAAGACACCUGAACACUGCAUAUGCUGCCACUUUCCCCCCCUAACUUGUCCCCUCUUGGUCUCCUGAAUGCAAUUUGUAAGAUGCAGCUGCAAAGCAUUUUUGGAGAAGUGUGCAUUGCUUUACGUAUAUUUUGCACACUGCCUGUGACUGUUGCUGGUGGCGAGAGAGCUUUCAGUAAGAUAAAACUGAUCAACUAUUUGAGGUCCACUAUGUCCCAGGACAGGCUUUGCAGUCUUGCCAUGCUGUCCAUUGAAAGUCAGUUAGCUAGAAAGCUGGACUUCAAGACUUGAUCAGUGACUUUGCUAGCAAGAAGGCCCGGUGCUGGGCUCUUGGUGAGUAAGGCUGAGCAAGGGCCAGUGAUAACUGUUAAAUGGCAUGGCUAUGGAUAUUGGAUCACUACACACGAUGCCCACAGGCUGAGAACAAGACUGAGAACAGGAUGUAUCUCAAAGUAAUGGCUGGAUUGCCAUAAUUUGUUGUGCACAAUCAAGACCCCAAGUGAAAGAAACCUAUUGUUUUGGUGACCACUUGACCUUUCCUCUAGCGCCACCAUCAGGCCUUUUCAUUUCCAUUUUAUUUUCCAUUUUGUGUUUCCACUUAGCUGCUUAUUUUCUAGUUGGUAUGUAUACUUAGUUCAAAAAUCUGCUGCUGAUUUGAUUCUUUUGUUUGUUAUAUCAUUCUAUAGAUGAUAAUGUUAAUUUAUUUUAAUUGAAGAGGUUAAUGUAUAUUUAAGUUAUUUAUUUUAAGUUGUUCAUUCAUGUUAAGAGAAUUUUCCAUUCAAGAAUUGUACCAUUAAAAUGUCAUUUAGACUGUAAAAGAUGACUUUUUAGCACAUUUCAUAUAGAGGGUAUCAGUCCUGGAUCAAAUAGUGAAUUCCACUGUAUGCAGAAUGUUGCAUGCAUGUCUGCACAGUGUUAUAUUUUCACAGCUCACUGUCAGUAUAUAUCGUACAGUAAAUAUUGGACUACAAGAGAGUUGCAAGCCUGCAAAGGUAGAGUUAUUUAAAGCUUUGAAUGGCUCGAUUGGGUUCUGGUGUGUGGUUACAGCAAUUGCGCAGGGUUGGUGUGGUGGUGGGGCCCAAUGUGAUAUCUUUUCAUGGGGCCCAAAAUCCCUGGCGGUGCCCCUGUUGGUGAUACCUCUCAUGAACAGCAGAUGGUGCCAAGUAACUUUUCAAUGGGAGAAAUGGUACAGACAUUACAGUGCCUCUGGAAACUGCCCCCAAAUUUCUUAGAUAAAUGUUAGUGGGACUGCAGAUAAAUUAAAAAGUCUCAAAAGCACAAUAGUAUACUAUUGAUAUAAACUCAGCAAAAAAAGAAACGUCCUCUCACUGUCAAUUGCGUUUAUUUUCAGCAAACUUAACAUGUGUAAAUAUUUGUAUGAACAUAACAAGAUUCAACAACUGAGACAUAAA